ACCCUCAGCCUCCACAUCCCCUGCGUCCUUCUCUGUCUGCCGCGUCACUAGCAAGUUUCUCUCCCCUGCCAUGCUCCGGGUCACCUCGCUGUUGCCUGCCCUGCUUUUAGUUCUCCUGCCGGGCCUGAGCCGGGGAUAUUUCCCCGAGGAGCGCUGGAGCCCCGAGUCUCGGCUCCUCGCCCCCCGGGUUGUCAUCGCUCUGGUCUGCCGCAACUCGGCGCACUCUCUGCCGCUGUUCCUCGGUGCCAUCGAGCGUCUCAACUACCCGAAGGACCGCAUUGCGCUGUGGGUGGCGACAGAUCACAACAUAGAUAACACCACAGCCGUCCUGAGAGACUGGCUCAUCAAGGUGCAAAAUUACUAUCACUAUGUGGAGUGGAGACCUGAAGAUGAACCCAGUGCCUUUGAAGACGAGGUGGGGCCUAAGCAUUGGAAUAAUCUCCGUUAUGAACACGUAAUGAAGCUCCGUCAGGCAGCGAUGGACACCGCCCGUGAGAUCUGGGCCGACUACCUCCUGGUGUCUGACUGUGACAACCUGCUCACCAAUCAGGAUGUGUUGUGGAAACUGAUGAUGGAGAACAAGACCAUUGUAGCUCCCCUGUUGGAGUCCAGGGCUGCAUACUCCAACUUCUGGUGCGGCAUGACCUCACAGGGUUACUACAAGCGUACUCCAGCCUACAUGCCCAUCCGUAAGCUAGAGCGCCGUGGCUGUUUCGCUGUACCGAUGGUCCACUCUACCUACUUGGUGGACCUACGGAAAGAGGCCUCCCGUCAGCUGGCUUUUUAUCCACCACACCCAGAGUAUAGCUGGGCCCUGGAUGAUGUCAUCGUCUUUGCCUACUCAGCUCGCAUGGCAGAUGUGCAGAUGUAUGUGUGCAACAAAGAAACAUAUGGGUAUUUCCCAGUGCCCAUGCGCUCCCACGCUACCCUGCAGGACGAGGCAGAGAGCUUCUUGCAUACACAGCUUGAGGUCAUGGUGAAAAAUCCUCCGUUGGAGCCCUCCAGCUUCCUGUCUCUUCCUCCCAAGCAGCCUAACAAGAUGGGCUUUGAUGAGGUGUUCAUGAUAAAUCUGGUGCGGAGAUCUGACCGUCGUGAGCGAAUGCUAAGAACCCUGUACGAGCAGGAGCUCAGCUGUAAGGUUGUUGCUGCUGUGGAUGGCAAAGCGCUGAACAAGUCUGAGAUAGAGUCUAUGGGGAUUAAGAUGCUGCCGGGGUACAAAGACCCUUAUCAUGGUCGACCUCUCACCAAGGGUGAACUGGGUUGUUUCCUCUCUCAUUACAACAUCUGGAAGGAGAUAGCAGACCGUGGUCUGCAGACCUCCCUGGUCAUCGAGGACGACCUCCGCUUCGAGGUGUUCUUCAGACGUCGUCUCCAGACUCUGCUGCAGGAGGUGACGACACACAAGCUGGACUGGGAUCUCAUUUACAUCGGACGGAAGCGCAUGCAGGUGGACCAUUCGGAGAAAUCUGUGCCCAACAUACACAAUCUGGUGGAAGCUGACUAUUCCUACUGGACGCUAGGCUACAUGUUGUCGUUACGCGGCGCUCAGAAGCUCCUCAGGGUCGAUCCUCUGAGCAAGAUACUUCCUGUCGAUGAGUUCCUCCCUGUAAUGUACGACAAGCAUCCAGUUUCAGAGUACAUGGACUACUUCGAGCGUCGGGACCUGCACGCGUUUUCUGCCGAGCCUCUCCUGGUUUAUCCAACCCAUUACACAGGAGACCCCGGCUACGUCAGUGACACGGAGACGUCGGUGGUCUGGGACAACGAGAAGGUCAAAACCGACUGGGACCGAGCCAAGUCGAGGAAAACUCAGGAGCAGGAGGAGCUGAGCUUCGAGGCUCAGAACUCUGACGUACUGCAGUCUGACCUGGAGAACUGGAGCGCACGGGACGAGCUGUGAUGAAGAAGAGAGGACGUGAGGGGGAGUGAGAGCGAACUCUGGUGUACAGAGAUAAGGAUGAGGGCGAUAGAACAAAGCUGUGAUCGUGGGGGAAAUGGAUAAGAGGGAAGGAAUAUAACAGAAAGCAGAAGAGGGAGGGAAAGGCAGAGUAGAUGGGCACAAGGCUGAUAAGGGACAAUUGCUUUUCCUUGUACAUUUCUCUCUCCACUAUUUAAUCUCUCUCUUAAAAGAGCAGGUUAGAUGUAGUGUUAACUCUUGAAGAGUCAGCAAGCAGCUUUUGUUUUAUUUAUUGCAUCCAGUGUACAUCCCUUGACCACAGCCUGGUCCAUUAAUAGUCCCAUUGUUUUUAUUAUAAUUUUCAGACUCGUUCCGUACAGUAUUCUAAAUAAAUUCCCAUUAUGUGAUUUUACUAAAUUUUCAGAUAUGCAGUGUUCCUCUAACAUGUCAACUGUCCAGCAUAAUUUCACAAGCUGCAGUAUGUUUUGAGUUUAAAAUGGGAGCGUCCAAAGUAUUACAUUUAUUACAUCUCUUUUUGGACUGACUAAAAAAGUCUCAAGGAAGAAAACAGAAUCGCUGAAACAUUGCCUUUGCUGAAGAGUGCUAUAUUCUCUCUCAGUGGUUCCCAACCUGGCUAUUGAACCCUUAAAACAAAGUAAUCACUACUUGCAACACCUUAUCACCAAGAAGUUUGACUUUGUGUAGAAGAAAAAUGUCUUUCUGCUCUUGCCUUCUGUUAAUCAUCUUGUGAUACCUUGUGGGGGUCCUGACCCCUAGGUUGGAAACCACUACUCUGUCUUCUUCUUCUCAUCUUCUAGUGGCUCCUGUUUAGUGUAACUCCUAGUAGCUUGUGUUAUUUAUUAUACAUUUUUUGAGGUUGUUUCUUAAUCUUAACCAAUCUUUUCACUCAUGAAUGUACCAGUGUUUGCCUUUAUUUUACCUUGACGCUUUUACAACAGCAGUUUGGUUUAGUGUUUCAGGGUUUCCCCCUCACUAAAUAUUGCAGUUUUGACCUAAACUUGCAGCUUUUGUUGCGUUUUGUUUGGUGAAGAUCAGAAAAACAAAAUGGAUAUAUUUCACUUUUCAUGUUUUGUCUCUCCUCUGUGUACAAAGUGUGUCUUUUAUACCAAAGA